UCUUCAUUUUCAGUUAUGUGUAAUCUUUUCGGUUGAAUUAGCAAUGGGAAAGAAGACAAUCGGUAAUCGGAAUUUUCCAAAACGUAGAGGUUUGCGUUCAUAUCUUGGUGAUCGUGCAAAGGAAUCGGAGUUUACUGGUGUUACUGGAACUUCUCAUACUGAUGAGCACGUUGGACAACAGGAUGGAAGAAGUGAUGCUUCUAAUCCUGGUGUUAGUGAAGGAAUUCAUUCUGGUAAAGUUCCUGGUAAUGAAGGAACUAAUGCUGGUAAUCCUAUUGUAACAAAAGAACUAGCAAAAAGCAAGAAGAAGGUAAAAGGUGUAGCUCAGAAGAUACCUUGCAAGCUCUGAAGAAGAGGAAAAUAUCCACUGAUGCUCAUGGAAAGACGGUAAACCCGUUCAAAACUAGCUGCUGUGGUAAAAGGCUUUGUGAGUUGAAUAAAGCUUUUAGUUUUGAACAGAAAAAGGCUGUUACUGAAAUUGGUUUUGGAUCUUUGUUGGAUUUAAAGAUUUCCAUGACUAAUAAUUCUUUGAUUGGAUGGUUGGUGGAGAGGUUUAAUGGUGGUUCCGGCAUGUUUAAUAUUGGUUAUGGAAAGGAGUUUAGGAUUAACCAAUUUGAUGUGUAUGAUGUGCUUUAGUUCCCUCUAGUUGAAGGAGAGGAUACGGUGGAUGUAUCUAGGGGACCUAAUGCGGAGAAUCCGCAUUUUGAGUUGAAAGCAAGUUGGAGGGAGUACUUUGGAGUUGAUCGGGAGAAAGGGCAUAUUCUUUUGAAUGUUGUUUAUUAUAUGUUAAAGAAGUUAGUUGAUGGUUGGGAGGUUUUUAAAAAGCGUUAUGUGUUAUUUGCCGUUUCUUCUUUUUUAGCUCCAGUUGCAAAUAACACACUGGAUUUGAGGCUUGUUCUUGCUGUAAAUGAGGUUCGGUGAAUUCCUCGUUUGAAUUAGUGUAAAUAUAUUUUAGGUAGGUUGAUGUAUGCAAAUGUUUUGUUCAAGAAUUCACUGUGCUCUAAAGGUGUUCGGGGGCAUUAUACUGGUUGUAUAAUUUUGUUGCAGUUAAUUUACUUCCAUCACCUAUAGAUUGGUUAUGGGGUGCCUCCAACUCGACUGUCUCUGUUGGCUCAUUGGGAUAAUGAGUCAAUUGCCAAGAGAAUUCGUCGUGAAGUAUUAUGUGAUAAG